AUGGCCGAAUUCGUGCGAGCCCAGAUCUUCGGAACGACCUUCGAGAUCACAUCUAGAUACUCGGAUCUGCAACCCGUGGGCAUGGGUGCUUUUGGCCUGGUUUGGUAUGUUACCUCAACCGCCUCGAUCACCGCGCCGAGCGCUUCAUACGAUCCCCGACACGCAAACGCAAAUUUACUAACCAAAGGCGAAUUGCCGCUGCGCAGCUCCGCUAAAGAUCAACUCACCAACCAAAAUGUCGCCGUCAAAAAGAUUAUGAAGCCUUUCAGCACACCCGUUUUGGCAAAGAGAACCUACCGAGAACUAAAGCUACUGAAACACCUCAGGCACGAAAAUGUUAUCUCCCUUAGCGACAUUUUCAUCUCUCCUCUCGAAGACAUCUACUUCGUAACGGAACUCCUCGGCACCGAUCUGCACCGACUGCUCACCUCGAGACCUCUGGAAAAACAAUUUAUCCAAUAUUUCCUCUAUCAGAUUAUGCGAGGGCUUAAAUAUGUCCAUUCCGCCGGUGUCGUCCAUCGCGAUCUCAAGCCCAGUAAUAUCUUGGUCAACGAGAAUUGUGAUUUGAAAAUUUGCGACUUCGGACUUGCACGAAUUCAGGACCCCCAAAUGACUGGAUAUGUCUCGACAAGAUAUUACCGCGCCCCCGAGAUUAUGCUCACCUGGCAGAAAUACGACGUUGAAGUCGAUAUCUGGAGCGCCGGAUGCAUCUUCGCUGAGAUGUUAGAGGGGAAACCGCUGUUCCCUGGAAAGGAUCACGUCAACCAAUUCUCCAUCAUCACCGAGCUUCUUGGUACACCCCCCGAUGAUGUUAUUAAUACGAUUGCUAGCGAGAAUACGUUAAGAUUCGUCAAAUCAUUACCUAAGCGAGAACGACAACCACUUAAGAACAAAUUUAAGAAUGCCGACCCAGCAGCUGUUGACCUACUCGAACGAAUGCUUGUCUUCGAUCCCAAGAAGCGAAUUACAGCAACUGACGCACUAGCUCACGAGUAUCUCGCUCCUUACCACGACCCUACUGACGAGCCUGUUGCUGAGGAGAAAUUUGAUUGGAGCUUUAAUGAUGCUGACCUGCCAGUGGACACGUGGAAGAUCAUGAUGUACUCGGAGAUUCUUGAUUAUCAUAAUAUGGAGUCCAACGCGGUGGGAAUUGACGACCAAUUCAACGGCCAGUAG